GCUGCUUCUCCGCGACUCCACCCCUCCUGCAGACGAAGGCAUGGCGAGCACCGAGGCUAGAAGGGAGUGUGAGACGGAGGGCUGCAACAAGGACGCCAAACUUCAGUGCCCAACAUGUAUCAAGCUUGGUAUUCAAGGCUCCUAUUUCUGUUCACAGGAAUGUUUCAAAGGGAGCUGGGUGUCUCACAAGUUGCUGCACAAAAAAGCAAAGGAGGACAAGAACCUGAAUGAGUCUAAGAACUGUGUGGAGAAGGACAUCAACACAGACCCAUGGCCAGGCUACCGCUACACAGGAAAACUACACCCUCACUACCCACUGACUCCCAUGAGGCUCAUUCCCGGUGACAUCCAAAGACCUGACUAUGCUGAUCAUCCCCGAGGGAUAUCUGAGUCGGAGCAGUUUCUGAAGGGGACGUCACAGAUCAAGAUCCUGUGUCCUGAGGACAUUGAGGGCAUGAGAGUGGUGUGCAAGCUGGCACGAGAAGUCCUGGACAUCGCAGCGGAGAUGGUGAAACCUGGUGUCACAACAGAAGAAAUCGACCAUGCUGUACAUCUGGCCUGCAUAGCAAGGAACUGCUACCCCUCCCCUCUCAACUACUACAACUUCCCCAAAUCCUGCUGCACGUCUGUCAAUGAAGUCAUCUGCCAUGGCAUCCCAGACAGAAGACCAUUACAAGAAGGAGAUAUCCUUAACGUGGACAUCACUGUUUACCACAACGGUUUCCAUGGUGACCUCAAUGAAACCUUCUACGUCGGUGAGGUGGAUGAAGAAGCAAAGAAACUGGUUCAGACCACAUAUGAAUGCCUUAUGCAAGCCAUCGACUCAGUGAAGCCUGGCAUACGCUACAGAGAAUUAGGUAACAUCAUUCAGAAGCACGCUCAGGCCAACGGCUUCUCUGUGGUGCGGAGCUACUGUGGCCACGGUAUCCAUAGACUUUUCCACACUGCUCCCAAUGUGCCACAUUAUGCCAAAAACAAAGCAGUUGGAGUUAUGAAGCCUGGCCACGUGUUCACCAUUGAACCCAUGAUAUGUGAAGGUGGCUGGCAAGACGAGACAUGGCCUGACGGCUGGACGGCGGUGACCAGAGAUGGGAAGCGCUCAGCUCAGUUCGAACACACCCUGCUGGUGACAGAGACCGGCUGCGAGAUCCUCACCCGCCGCCUGGAGGACAACGGUCGCGCUCAUUUCCUAAACCAAAUUCACCGUUUACCUUGACGUGGGGAGUUUCCUGGUGUGAGCAGCAGCCGUUCUUUCUACAUUUUCAGAGGACUAAUGUGAUCACAGUUUCUCUGCCAUCUUUGUAUUUCUUCUAAUGGAGUAAUAAAUGACUCUUCUGUAGCUCUGUGUGGGCGAGUUUGUCCUUGAAUAGAUUGGUGAUCGAAGUCCCCAAAGUGCUUUAAUUUAUCAGGCUUUUAUUACUGGAAAUGUGUAGCUGUGGGCCUUAAUGCCUUUUUAAACUCAGUGAGUACAAUGGUAGUCUAAACUGCAUUUAAGAUUUGAUUUUGACACUGUUUCCUUUAAGCUGUACUAGUGUGACUAUAUCAGCAGAUCUUGAACUUCAUGAAGUUACGGUGAAGGUUCUCUGCUUCUAUAAACAUACAUGACAUACAUACAUGGCCCAUAAACAUGACAUCAUUAAAAACUUUAUCAAUACAGUAUUUAGUCUGCAGCAACUAAUCCAAGACCAUCCAUGCCCAUAGAUUGUGUAAAAUAAUGGAUGCAGCCACCAUGACGCCACCAAUUUGUUUGUGGACUCCCGCUUUGAAGCAGCAGGUUUGUCAUUUGGCCGUCGCCCCCUGGAUUUUUGGAGUCAGAAAGGACCAAAAUUGGACAAGAGGGUGGAGCUGACUCAAUCUGUGACAACACCUUGCAGUCAGCCUGUCACUUAAAGCUUAAUUUUAAGCCCUAACAAAAUGUUAACGGGUGAGUUUUCUAUAAAAUUGAGACUGAUCUUGGGUGUCUGCUUUAAAACUGUGCUGACUGUAUGGAUCUUCUGUGCUGCUGGGUCAAAGAUAUGUGUGAAGCAUCCAUGUUUUAGAAUUGAUGCGCUUUUGCAUGGACAUGGAUAAUUACUCUAAUAUGACUAAUCCAUAGAAACAUACAUCCGCAAGGCAGUAAUUCUAGUUUCUUUUUCUUUGCAACAGAUGUCUGAUAUGGGUGAUGCACUUGGGCUUGGCAGACUGGCUCAACAGUGCCACCUAACAGCUUUUUAAGUAAAAGCCCCCAUCUUUAAAUUUCAUGUAGAUGAAUGAAAUUUGGAAGGAAUUUGUAACAUGAUCAGCCUUAAGAAAAAACGUCUUCGAGAUAUACCCAACAGGAAGUCAACCUCAUGUGAUAAAGAUCAUCUGAUAUACACAAAA